GCAACGACCUUGGAACGAUUUCGAACUAGGGUUUCUUGUUUCGCUAAAAUUAUUAGUUAUGCCACCAAAAAAGAAUUCAAAAAGCGAUACAGCAAUAGUGAGAUCAAUGACUGAAAUGAUUAAAGACUAUGAACAUCGAGUUGAGCGUUAUGAAACAACAGUAUGUAAUUCAAUUAGAAAGUGUUUUAAAAAAGCUUUGGAAGAAGAUCGUCCUGUGACAAGAUUUUUAGUUGAUCCACAAGAUCGUCGUAUAGUUGAAUAUUGGGACGAUGACAGACUGAUUGAAGCUCUUAAAGAAGACACCGAUGAAGGUGUAACUAUCAAGAAGAAGAAAGUUAGAAGUAAACCAGUGAAAGAAGACAAACCAUUAGUUAAACUGUUACCGUUAAUUGAAUCUAUACGUGCAAGACGAUAUACACUGAUACAAGAAUUAUUUGUAUGGGACUGUCAUGUUGAAAAUGAUGACAUGGUAGCAUUGAGUGGACUGUUGAUUAAAGGAUGUUAUGCUAUUACGCGUCUUGAACUAAUCGACUGUUUUCUAGAUGCCAAGAGUAUUGGUACACUAGUCGCUAAUACUGCAGUUUCCAAGUCAUUACGUGAAUUAUGCUUAGAUUUUAACGAGAUUGGUGAAAGUGGUUGUCGUGUAAUGUGUAAUGGUUUAGCCAAAAGUCGUUUUCUUGUUCAUCUAAGUUUGUGUUUCUGUGGCCUUACAAAACAGUGCGGUUUAUGGCUUGGAAAUCUAGUCGCAGAAACUGCAAUCAGGGAACUUAUUUUAGACGGUAAUUAUCUAGAAGCUGAAGGUACAAUAGCUCUACUUAGUCGACUGUCGGAUGCUGCAGACAAAGAAGGAUUUGAACGUGCUGAAGAAAUAAGGAAAAAGCAAUUAGCUGUAGAGGAGGCUAAAAAACGAAGUUCCAAUCGGUCAAUGACCUAAUGUUCGAUGUCAUUCAACAGUCUCCUCAUAGUGUGCUCAAUCAAUCUCUAUUUUCUUCAGAAAAUUUGUUGAGCAACAGGACGUGGAUCGAGUCGCUGCCUUCCGACAAAUGGAAAUCCUGUGCCCUACAGUAUUUGAUGGAGACAAUUGGAUCAUCAGGUAGGACUUUGAGGCAGUUGUGCAGUUGAGUGGCGUUCAAGAACCGUCAGCGAUGAGGCUGUUACUUGAAACGCUGCUGGGAAGUUGGACGACGGCAGCAUAUAAUGGUGUGAGGUGAAACACCGGUGGACACGAGCCAAGGUCAUGAAAACUUCUCCCAAAAUGGGAAGGACCAUACAUGGUCACGGUGAGACGGGGUGACGUAUAGACGAUCAGAAAUGCAAACAAAGAGGGGAGGGUGAACGUCAGCAAGCUUUGGAACUCGAUACAUCAAGACGAGCUAACAAAGCAGACAGCACCAAGAUGAUUAAACCAACUUCAGU